UGGAACCCAGUCCGUGACGUCAAUGGGGCGCUUGACGCAUGCAUCACGUGCCUGGUGGGCGGGUAUAAUAAGAUGCUCCUGGCGCUGUCCGCGGUCCUGAAAACUGAUGCGCAGGAGGAGGAAUCCCUUCCUGUGGAUGUGAAAGUCAAGGCUAGGAAAGAACUUUAGGGCUUACAAGAGAAGAAAACGACAGAAGGGAGACACCAGCAGGGAGGAGGCUGCGAGCGUGACAACAAGACUGACGUCCUGCGGAGUGGAUGCUGGAAUCCCCCACACUGCUCCCACGCACCUAAGUAUUCUGAUCCUGCUCUCUGGAGGCCAUCCUGAGUGUCCAUAAUGGCUUCCCGCAACACCUCAAGUGUCCUUAUUGUCCUGGUUUUCCUAACGACAGCCUUUGCCGCUGAACCCGCCGUCACUCCUGCCAGCAUGACGAUGUCAGGAGACACGGAGGAUGAGGGGAAGAUUGAAAAAAUCUCACCGAAAGGAGAUGACCUCUUUGAUGACGUGGAACCCAAAACCCUCGCAGCACUUUUCCUGGAGGCGCUUAACUCGACCCGUGUCGAGAGAAGGCAGGAUGAAAAGGGUAUGGAAGAGACGGGGGCACAACGAGACCGAGACGGCCGACAGAGGCUGGAGCUGUUUAUGGCCGCCCAGGGCCAGGAGGAGGCCGAAGAGAGGAAGAAGGCCGAGGAGGAAGAAGAGAGGAUGACCGAGCGGGUGUCCAGUCGGACCAGCAGCCAGACUCUACAGGUCCAGACGCAGCAGCCCCCCGCCACAGGGGGCCAGGAGCAAGGAGGCGGCGAGGAGGAGCAGCUAAACCCUGAGGAGUUGAGGAGCCUGGAGAGCAUGAUGAAGGAAUUUCCGCGUUUAGACGUGGCCGUAAAGCGAGCAGGGGAUUCAAAGCCAACCCAGCGGGAGAGUCGAGACUACAGCAGCUUUAACGACAUCAUCCCGCUCGGCAAGGGCAGCUUCUCCCAGAAGAAACUCAAAUGGCAAGAGGAGACGCAGAAGGCCUUGAACAUGCCAUCGUUCAGGGGCGGCAACUUCAAGGAUGACUUUGAAGGCAACAACGCUGCGACUGUGGCACAGCCUCUGCAGUCAGAGCAGAUGGAGGAGAGUGAUGAUCCAGAUGAGGAGGAGGUGUUGAGUCCAGAGGAAGAAGAGGCUCAGGCCAAGGCGGAGCAGGAGGAAAUGAGGAGGCAGGCGGCCGAGGUGCAGAGAGCCAAGAUGGAGGAGGAGAAGCUGGCCGACAUUGCAUCUGACAUGCUGCUGCGCUACAUGGUCAAGCAGAAGGGCGGCGGCGGAAAGUACGCCACUCAGGCUGACACCGCUGCGGACAAGCGGUCCGAGGAAGAGCAGGAGCAGGAUGACAUCGACCCUCAGACUAUCGACAAGCUCAUUGAGAUCUCAAGCAAGCUGCACUUGCCCGCUGACGACGUGGUAGACAUCAUCAGCGACGUGGAGAAAAAGAAGAAAAAAGACAUGGCGCCGGAGCUUAUAACGCACUGGCAACGCCCACAAUUGCCCUCGACUGAUUCCUUUCCUGUCUCCAAGCAACCUCCCUCGGUGGUCCAUCGCCUUAAAAGCUGGACUCAGGAGCCUUCAAAGUCCAAACAGUUCUGGAACAAUCCUAAUGAUCUCCUCCUAUGGUCCAAACCUCUCAAGUCCGUCAAGCAGGAACACUGGAUUCAAGCCCCAAGACCUCUUUGGACACGCUACCCAUCCUUCUACCAGAGGAAGCCCAGUCCGGACUAUUACCCUGUCUACUUCCGUCCUCCAAGACCAACAUUCCGGUACUUCGUCCCCAAGCCUGCUUUGGCUUUCAACACCUUCCUGCAUCGCUCCCGGGAUGGCGCUUACGGCUUUCAGCCCAAGCAGCGUUACCUCAACUGGGUGCCUCCCAGAAAGCCCGUCGUCGCCCUCUACCCCAGGCGCCCCCUCUCUUUCUACCCCUUAACUGCCCCCAAACUUGGGAUCCCUCUUUACCAGUCGGCACCCAGGGGACAUUUGGACAAAUACAUCGAGCAGCUGCUCAUGAACAGGCCACAGGACUGAGAAGGUGGUGGAGUUCAGCAGGUGGAAUGUUGAGGGAAUAGGAAAUGAUUCAUUUCUAUUUGUCCCACUUCCUUUCAUUUGAUAUCCUUCAUUUGUUGUGUGGACAUUCCAAGAGGGCUCUUUGUAUUAACAACUGCGGAAUCAUCCAAAGGCUCCGUGUGGACAGCGCCUGGUAAGGAGGACAUUUCCAAGGGCCUAAGGAAUGAUGAACAGUGAAGUUUGGACUGCAGCGUGAUAAACAGCCACAAAAUAUGGAAAUAAUAUUUUUUUGUACUUGAAAACAAUCCUUAAGACAUCCCAAAUCAUAUUAAUAUCCUUGUCUCCCAACCGUUUCAUGCAUUUGAAAAAAUAUAAUUUUCUGGGCUUUUGGUGAGAAGCCAGUCAGUUCCCACAUACAGUAUUUGAUUGAGGGGGCGGGGAAGCAGCACAAUAAUGGCUGGGAUGACUCAUGCCUUUGUGUCACUUCAAUUACCUUGUUGCUAUAGCGCCAAAGUGUACAUUCUUGUUUUUGAAGGCUGAUCAGUCCUGCAGAGUCAUGUUGGAGAAGGAAACAAAAAUGUAACUCCACAAUCAGUUUUUCUUCUUCCUUCAAGCAUCCAGGGGUCGGCAACCCAAAAUGUUGAAAGAGCCAUAUUGGACCACAGAUACAAAAAAGUAAUCGGUCUGGAGCUGCAAAAAAUUAAGACUUAUAUAAGUGUUAAAAUGAUGGCAACACAUGAUGUAAGUGGCUAAUUAGCUAUAUUAGCCUACUAUCAAAAUGACCAUGUGUCGCAGGCUGACGCAAAUCUUCGUUGACAGGAAUGUUGAAAUGGAAUAUUUAUUCUACACAUUUUUACAACAUUAGAAAACACUUGUAAAACUUCUCAGAGGGUGAGAUAACUCCUGGAAAUGGCCAAAGGUACAUAGAUGUGUGUGUCCAAGUUAAAGAAAAUGUCAGGCUGUCUUCUUCUAAUGGAUUUAUUACAAUUUUUGCAAGCUGGCUAACGUUUGCUGUAGUGUGGAACAACAUGGCGCACAAACAACUAUCAGAAAUGCAGCCAAUAUUACAUACAGAGAAUAUGUCAUGAAACAUGGAAAAAUAACACACGUAAAGGAAAUUAAAUGAGCUCGAUUAUAGCUACAAAUGAGGCAUCGAUUAGCUUGCAGUCAUGCAAUGACCAAAUAUGCCUGAUUAGCACUCAACACAAUACGAUAACAUCAACAAAGCCCACCUUUGUGCAUUCACGCACAGCAUAAAAAGUUUGGUGGACAAAAUCAGUCACAGUCCACGCAACGGUGAGUUCAAGGGCCGCUGAAAUUAGUAGGACAAAACGGCGCUCGCCAAAUACUCUCACCAGCGAAGCAUAAACACAAACGUAUCAAACAGUGGGCUUUCUAACAAUUAGGAAGGUUUGUGUCGUGUUUGUCCUACAGAAACCAUAUUGCAAAAAAAAACAUUUUCCCCCCCAUUUUUUUUAUUUAUUUCCAUACAUUUUUUAAAAAGCUCAAUGGAGCCACCAGGGCGCUGUGGGUUGCUGACCCCCGUCCUAACCCUAACCUUACAUCCAGCCAUUUUCUACCGCGUGUCCCCCUCGGAGUCGCGAGGGUGCUAGAGCCUAUCCCAGCUACACCCUGGACAAGUCCCCAACCCUACCAUGUGUCUCCAAUAGAAACCUCACUCAGUCGAUCCACUUCACUGUGUACGCCAGGGGUCACCUACGCGGUGCCCGCGGGCACCAGGUCGCCCGUAAGGACCAGAUGAGUCGCCCGCUGGCCUGUUCUAAAAAUAGCUCAAAUAGCAGCACUUACCAGUGAGCUGCCUCUAUUUUUUAAAUUUUAUUUAUUUACUACCAAGCUGGUCAUUCUCUUAGUAAUUCUAAGAGAGACAAAACUCAAAUAGAAUUUGAAAAUCCAAGAAAACAUUUUAAAGACUUGUUUAAAUGAAUUCAUUUAUUUUUUUACUUUGCUUCUUACAACUUUCAGAAAGACAAUUUUAGAGAAAAAUGACAACCUUAAAAAUGAUUUUAUGAUUUUUAAACACAUAUACCUUUUUACCUUUUAAAUUCCUUCCUCUUCUUACCUGACAAUUUAAAUCAAUGUUCAAGUAAAUGUGUUUUUUUUUAUUGUAAAGAAUAAUAAAUACAUUUUAAUUUAAUUCUUCAUUUUAGCUUCUGUUUUUUCAACGAAGAAUAUUUGUGAAAUAUUUCUUCAAACUAUGAUUACAAUUCAAAAAAAAUAUUCUGGCAAAUCUAGAAAAUCUGUAGAAUCAAAUUUAAAUCUAAUUUCAAAGUCUUUUGAAUUUCUUUUAAAAAUUUUGUUCUGGAAAAUCUAGAAUAAAUAAUGAUUUGUCUUUGUUAGAAAUAUAGCUUGGUCCAAUUUGUUAUAUAUUCUAACAAAGUGCAAAUUGGAUUUUAACCUAUUUAAAACAUGUCAUCAACAUUUUAAAAUUAAUCUUUAUCAGGAAAAAUUACUAAUGAUGUUCCAUAAAUUAUUUUUUUAAUUUUUUCAAAAAGAUUCGAAUUAGCUAGAUUUUCUCUUCUUUUUUUCGGUUGAAUUUUAAAGAGUCGAAAUUGUUUCAAAAUUGUAUUUUCAUUUUUUUCGGGUUUUCUCCUCUUUUAUAAAAAUGUUAGUGGCUAGCUAGUUAAAAUGGGAUAUUGUGAUUUCACAAGACUCUUAGAAGUGAUCAUUUGAAAAUGUUCAAUUUGAAAAAUGUGCACUUAGAGAAAAUAUAAAAAUAAAGUGUUACAUAUUGAUAUUUAUCUGUUUCUAUAUAUAUUUAUUGUGAGGAAUCAUUAAGAUGAUCAGUGUUUCCACAAAGAUACAUAUCAUUAAUUAUUAAUAGUAACAUAGAGUUAAAGGUAAAUUGAGCAAAUUGGCUAUUUCUGGCAAUUUAUUUAAGUGUGUAUCAAACUGGUAGCCCUUCGCAUUAAUCAGUACCCAAGAAGUAGCUCUUGGCUUCAAAAAGGUUGGUGACCCCUGGUGUACACUCACUGUGAAGUCGCUGAGUGUGCAAAUUGUAGUACUCUUGCAUACUUACUGGAAAUGUUCUCAAAAUGUAUCUGCUCCUUUACUCCUUUUUAAGUGUGAAUGGCCACCACUCCCCUUGGUGGUGAAGUGACCAGUACGUGCUACACCUUUUUGCCGUACUUGGUGUAAGCGCACUCAUGCACUCCAAAGACUAGAUGUGCGCAAAUUGAGACACAGCCUAAGACUUGGGCCUUAAGUGUAAACACAAAAGUGCCCGAAUGGAGACACAGCCUAAGUGUAAGAGUACUCCUGCAACAUGCACUUACACACUAUUUAAAUUCCGGGUAUGUGAAUCCUGACAGUCAAAUCGAUUUAAAAUGGAAGGUCCGUGGUGAAUUUAUAUUUCAUUAUCAAAAACUAUCUGCAUUUCAAAGUAGAAAGACGUUUACAAGCUGAUAUCUGCUGCCUUUCACGACAAAGUGACAUUACUGUUUAUUUUUGUAUGACCUUUAUGCCAUUUAUUAUCAUAUUAUAGGGAAUGUUGGCACAUUUGUAAUAAUUUCAUAUUAAAUGAGCUCAAAGAAGGAGGAAUGAAGCGAGUGUGCACGUUAAUGUGUAAUUUGCAUCUAAAGUGUCUUCUCUGAGAAGAUCACGAAGCAACAAGUAAAAAAAAAACAAUAAAAAAAACAAAGCCUUUUAAGAUGACAGAAAUGAUGUUGUUGUACCUUGAGAUCCUUGUUUGAGUGGCGUACGCUGUUGUUGCUCUUGUUAUUGUUGUGAAUAAACAUGCGUUGGCUGCAUAUGCAUACGGGCGCAUGUCAGUGACUACUUUUGCUACACACAUCAAUAAAGUCAACUACUUUUUUUAUCAACA